UACUAGAACCCAGUGCUCCGGAGUAGACAUUCUGAAGAGAAGGGGGCACUGAGAUGGCUUUCUUCAACUUAUAUCUAUUAGGAUACCAACAGUCUCUUCGGUCUAAAAAGAGAAACGCAACCAAAGAAACAAACCAGAAGGAUGGAGUGUCUAGGUUUCCCCCGAUUAUCUCAACAGACGGUAAUUAUUCCGUACACCAGAAUAGCCACGAGAGGUACCAGGAAGCUGUACGGAAGACGUUGUUAAAAACAUUCCCCAAUCAGGUCUUCAGAGUCCCAGUGACUGAUGCUCAGAACUUCAGCUUCUGGCGGCCCCAAAAUCCAGGAGUGCGUCCAGAGGAAACCAUCCCAUGGAUGCAGGGUCCACGCCAUUGUCUCAUUAAAAGCCCAAUGACCAGAUAUAUGGAUCAUUCUAUUCUCAACGAUAAGACCUUCACUCUAUACUGAGGAGGGUGCAUGCUCUGGACGGAGGGCAAGGAGGAGUGACGCCGGCCCAGUCCUCAGGACGGCCCAGUCCUCAGGCUGAAUCGGGAACGGAGGGGGAGGAAGCACAAUAAACAAACAGAACUAA